UUAAUCUCGCCGAGGGGGAUGUUGAGAAAGGGAGGGAGGAGGGAGGGAAAUCAGACGUCUAUAGCAGACGAUUAAUCGUGACAAGCGAGAGCAAAUCGUCACGAUCGUGCGUUACCGAAGAUCUCGUUUGAGACUCAGGAAAACGUUUUCCUUGACGAGACUGCUCGUCGCCGGUCGGUGUUGUUCGCGAUCGAAAAUCGAACUCGCGAGAGUUACGCUCGCGAGUCGUUAGUCGCGGGGCGUCAUCAGAGGCGGUCGGGUUUGUCCGCAGUGGCUCGGCAUUGCGCAUUCGUCAGGGAUCGUCACACGCGUUGACAUUUCGCUUUCCGCUGUCGCUCGCCGAUAUUGGGGGAUCAGGAGGGGUGCCCGCCGUGACACUCGGAACGGGUACUCGAUCAAGACGAGCACCAGGAGUAUGGUGGACCGAACGAGAGUUCGCCCUUUCGCCCGCUAUUUAUAGAGCGAGUAUGAUGUGGCAUGCAGAAUGACGUCGACGGUCGUCGAACGGUCGUCGAACGGUCGAGGAGCAACAUGAGUCCGCACCGCACAAAUAUUGUCUGACUGGGAUCUACUCUUCGAGUUGUCGUAUUAGUUUUCGCUGGCUCGCGCACAAAUGCCAGGAUGUUGAGCGGCGCUGCCAAUAUGGAACUGAAUAAUGUUGGAAACAACAAAAGUUCCAUAUACCUCGCGCUGUCAUUCCGAAAGCUGUGCCUGGCUACAGUUGGCUUACCACUUGCAUCGCUGUUGUUCUGCUUCAUCACAGCGUACAUAUUUCAACAGGAUGACAUUCACGAAACUCACUGUAGAGUCUACAAUAUUCUUCCAUCGAUCUCAGCCAUUACUGGUGUUUCUCCACAGAGGUAUCUAUGGCGUAUCAGCAUAGCAUUACACAUUGGUCCUAGACUGGUUAUCGCCAGUGUUUAUCAUUCAUAUUAUUACAAGAUACUUAAGAACAUUGAAGAUGUGCCUCUAAAAAUUAUGGGGAGCAGGCUCCUAAAUCUAUACUACUGGCUGAACAUUGCCGAGGUAUCAGCUUUAUGUGGUGUAACGUACAUUUCUAACAGAGAAAAUUAUUCGGUGCACGAAAAAAUUUUCAUAGUGUUCAUGAUUAGCUCACUCACAUACAUGCUGAUCGCUGUGAGAUUGGGUCGUCUAAUAACUCCAAAUGCACAAAGCCUUCAGUACAAACAAGCGCUCUUCAUGACGAGCCUCGUCAGCACAAUUGGUCUUGUUAUUUUCUUCUUGAAACAUCGACUAUUGUGUCACGACUUGGCAUUUAGUUGGUUUUCGCUAUGUGAGUACGUGAUAGCUUUUGCAAAUAUGGGCUUUCACAUUACUGUGGUUUUGGACUUUCCAAAAGAACAACUGGUCGUAGGUCACGGUUUACCUGCCGUAAAAAUAGAUUAACCUUUUAGGAUAAUUCGUCAUUCUCGUCGUCAUAUUAAAGUGCCUAUUGCCUCUGCAUGGAAGUGCUAUAAAUUAUGGUUUUUAAGAGGUGAAGGUUUGGCAUACCAUGUAAUACAAUUUCAUGAUUAUUUCAGUUUUAUAUUUACGAUAUUACAUUGUAUUUUACUCUUGAGAUUAACAUAAUUUGUUUUUCACGAUAUUUAAACAAUACCAUUUUUAUCUUUACUUUUAUAUUCUUUUACAAUACUGACUAUGAUAUUUGACCAAUAAUUCCGGGUAAAGAGAUAUAUGGUUCGAAAAAAAAUGAAAAUGGAAUAUCUAGCGCUUCCAAAGUGUGGCACUGGUUACUUUUAAAACGAUGAAAUAUGUAACGGCCUUUUAAUAUCGUUUAGUAAUAGAGUAUGUUUAUAGUAAAUAAUAGUUGAAAAAAGUAUCCUACAUACAAACAGCAUUUAUCGUUAAGCGUAAAUUGAAUAUUAUUACUCGCAUCAUAUGAGAUUAUUUGUGAAGAUUUUUGAAUCUUUUUUUAUAGACUUUUGCAAGGUGAGAAUUCUAGUCGAAUAUAUUAAUUCUAGUCGCGAUCUUUUAUUCGCUUUAUAAUAAACUUCUAUUUUAUCUAAUAAGUUAAAAUUAGUCUAUAAGAUAAAUUUGUCAAACGGACUUUGAGAUAUUGUAAUUGUAAGUUUAUUAAAUGAAUGUAUUAAAGUUUUGGAUUAUUGCAAAGACAUUAUACAGUUGCGUCUUAUUGACAAAUCUUACAAUGAAAAUUGUAUAUGUUAAUACUCAUUCACCUUGUAAGAGAUUAAUUCAUCUUAUAUAGAUUUUGAGAUAAUAAAUUCAGCUAAUUUACGAGCCGUUCUAUUCGGCAUUAUUGUAAGUGCAAACGUAGGAUAAUCGCUCCUAUGUUUGUAUGUAGUAUACGAUAGUUUAAUAAUAGUAAUUAUUACCGAGACACUGAUGAUUCAAGCAGUCGUUACACAAGAAUGUGUAAACGACGAUUGCAUUCGGACCAGCGUGCGUUCAAGGUAAGAUCAAUAUCUAAAUAUCUCGCGCGAAUUUAUAAGAACAAAUGUUAAAAGAGUUUCUAUCAAGUUUUAUGACUGAAAUCUCCCCGUUUAUCUCUUAUUUGAAACAUAGAUAACAUGUACACAAUUUUCAUUAAAACAUUUAUCCCUAAAUUGCAUUUUAAAUUGUUUUUAACUAAAUAUGUAACUGAAUAUUGUUAAAUAUUGAUGCUUUGAUUACGUUUAUUAAAAAUUGCACUUUUUAUGUGAUUAUUUUAAAAUGUAAUAUAAUUACGAAUUGACGGAGAUGAGUUGAAUUUUAAUAGUAAUCUGUAAUAAAGCAAAGCAAUCAAUAAAAUUUUACAAAAUACGUGAUUUAUUUAAAAUGUUAGAAAUUAUGUGAUGAAAUUUUUAUAAAUUUUUUGGAAAUCUUGUACAUGUUUUUCUAUUGAGAAAAUUCUAUGAUCAAAAGCUCGAGACGAAGUUGCGUACGUGCUGGAAUAGACUGUCAAGGAAUAACAACUGAGAUUGCAAUAUCUACACGGAAUAUCUUUUGAUAUUGCAUCAAUAAACAAAACAGUAUUGUAAUAAACAGAUGGUACGUUAUCGCAAUGUGUCUCUUAGGAUUUCGUUGUAGAAGGCUGAUAGUCAAUGUGACUCUAGAUAGCACUCACAAGUUAAACGAUAUCAUUUUUGCACAUUUUUACAUACAAACAGUGUAAUUGUAGCAUAUUUUGAUAUGACAAUUUUUUGUUAAGAUUCCUUGUAUGCAUUAUUGAAGGAAAAGAAAUGAAAUGAAUAGUUGGUGCGUAUAUUUAUCAUUAGUUUCUCGCAAGUAUACUUGUUGCGCAUAAUGCUAGGUGUGCUAGUAGCUUUACAUAAUUUUUGUAAUUAUUAUCAAGAAGUAGCGCAUCUUUGUUUCUUCUGCACACGGCAGCGAAUGUGAUCAGUCGAGCGUAACAUCUCAGUUCCUAUUAUAAUUGGAAUCUCAUUUUUGUAUAUAUUACGAUAAGAAAAAAUUAAUGCACUCAGCAGUCCUGUUUAAUUUAGCGAUACCGUUAUCAGAAACCAUUUUCGAGUGAUGUACUAAAGAUACAUCAUAGAAUUUUAUUGUCAGUAACGCGCUAUUCGCGUUAAUGAUUUUUAGGGAUUUUUGCGUCUUAUAGUUCGUUGAGCAAUCACUUUGCUCUUUGAACACAUUUGAAACAACGAUUCGGAAUAUUUUACAUAUUACGCUUUUCAUUCUCAUAAAGGAAACACUCGAAAACAUCAAUAUAAUUAAGUUGAUUAACGGAACGUGUUAAUUCUAAUGGAUUGUAAACUAUGUCAACUUCCUCAGAGUACGUGUAAAGAUAUAUUUAAUAAUUGCGCAUUUUCUUAUAAAUUUUUACUUUUUCAUGUAAAAAUGCAAUUGUGAAAUUAGGGUAUUAUUUCAUACACAGGAUGCAACCGCAACAGGUCGCUAUCAUUUGUUAAAAAAUUUUCGAAAUGGCAUUUCCGACAAAAUAUUUUACCGCAUUUCGCCUUGCUUUUUUGAAGUUGAAUCGGACGAACAAAUAACAGCAAAAUCGAAGAAAGUGUAAAUCUGUUAGCAUUGCUUGCUCUUCGUGUUCUCUCUUUUUCUCUCUCGCUAAUCUCCAAACAUGUAUUUAUCUUAUUUCAAGUCUAAAUUUUUAUAUAAUUUUAAGCAACGCAAACAAACCUAAUAUUAUUUUUAAAAUUCCAUUUAAUUUUUUUUUAUAAAUUUCUUUUCUCUCUGAAAUUUUAAUUACUUAAUAUUACAACUGCAUCUAUAGUUGUAUCAAAUGUAAUUUUUUGCCCCUAAAUUUUUCACGUUAUAUUUUUGAUACUUAUUUGUGCUUAUUAUCACUUAUUUGUACUCUACGUCACUGCUAUAAUAUAAUUGAUUGUAUUGAUCAAAUCAAUUGAACAUUAUCAACUGGAAAUUAUUACAAUUGAUUUUAGAGUAAAUAAAAUUUACUGAACAAG